GACUGUAUAUACAAGUAUAUUAGUGUGUAUAUAUACAUUUCGAUUCUUUCUCAUGCUGUUGAUGAUAUGGGUUUUCAAAAUAUUUUCUUCUCACAACAGUUUUGGCAGUCAAACGUGUGAUUAUUAUUACAAUAAACAAACCAAAAAAAAAUGGAUAAUUCCAAAAAAAAUUCAAAUUUUAAUGAGGAUGAGAAUCAUGAUGAUGAGGAAAAGUUGGGAUUUCUCACUUUACUGCUGUCCACAUCUGAGGAAGAGGAUGAAGGACAUGAAACGAAAAAUGACGAGAAAACCAAAAAAAGAAGGAAGAAAAUUGAAAAACUUUUAUCUACAUUAAACCGGCAGUGUCCAAGGAAUGAGAAUAAUAGUUUAAAGAAAAAAACGAAGAAAGAAGAAGAAGAAGAAGAAGAAGAUUUAAGAGGAACAACAAAGACGGCGAUAAAUGUAAAUAAAAUUGUAAAAAAAUAUUGUAGAUUAAGUAUAGAUGAUGAUGUGAAUGAUGAAUCUUGUGUGAAUGUUGAAGGAGCGAAAGAUGUUAAGGAUGAAUCGUGUGUGAAUGUUAAUGUAAUGAAUGAUGAAGAUGAUGAAUGGUUGUGUCAAGUUGGUAAUGAUGUGAAUGAUGAAUCAUGUGUGAAUGUUGAUGGAGCGAAUGAUGUCAAGGAUGAAUCGUGUGUGAAUGUUGAUGGAGCGAAUGAUGUUGAGGAUGAAUCGCGUGUGAAUGUCAAUAUAAUGAAUGAUGAAGAUGAUGAAUGGUUGUGUCAAGUUGGUAAUGAUGUGAAUGAUGAAUCAUGUGUGAAUGUUGAUGGAGCGAAUGAUGUCAAGGAUGAAUCGCGUGUGAAUGUCAAUGUUAUGAAUGAUGAAGAUGAUGAAUGGUUGUGUGAAGUUGCUAAUAAUUGUGAAAAUGAACGGAUGAAAUCAAAGAAAAAGGAAAUAAUUAUUAUUGAUAAUAAAAAAUACCUCAAAAUGCAUAAUCGUCAUGGGCAUUUAAAAUUAGAAUUAGUAAAUGAUGAGAAGGAUGAUGAUGAGGAUGACGAUUAUGAGGAUGACAAUGAUGAGAAGGAUGAGGAUGACGAUUAUGAGGAUGAGAAGGAUGAGAAGGAUGAGGAUGAUGAAGAGGAUGAGGAUGUGGAUGAUGAAGAGGAUGAGGAUGUGGAUGAUGAUGAUGAGAAGGAUGAGGAUUAUGUGGAUGAAGAGGAGGAUGAGGAUGAGGAUGAUGAAGAGGAUGAGGAGGAUUAUGUGGAUGAAGAGGAGGAUGAUGAAGAGGAUGAGGAUGAGGAUGAUGAAGAGGAUGAGGAGGAUUAUGUGGAUGAAGAGGAGGAUGAUGAAGAGGAUGAGGAUGUGGAUGAUGAAGAGGAUGAGGAUGAGGAUGUGGAUGAUGAGAAGGAUGAGGAUUAUGAGGAUGAUGAAGAGGAUGAGGAUGAGGAUGAUGAAGAGGAUGAGGAGGAUUAUGUGGAUGAAGAGGAGGAUGAUGAAGAGGAUGAGGAUGUGGAUGAUGAAGAGGAUGAGGAUGUGGAUUAUGAUGAUGAGAAGGAUGAGGAUUAUGUUGAUGAGGAUGAGGAUGAUGAAGAGGAUGAAUGA